CAUCGCCGAUACCUCCAGGUAUAUGUUCACCAAGUCAAACACCAUCCCAGGAAACUGAAUGUGUUGCAGGCCCGAGAGAGGGGACAAGUGUUGACGACUCUAACGAACGGAUUAUACCCGUAGCCGACGUUGUUGACAUAAUGUACCCACGUAGUCCAGGAGUCCAUAUUACUCCCUACGAACGGAUGAUACUUCAGACCGAUGGCGAUAGCACAUGUGAUACUCCAGAUCAACCAUCCUCUAUGGACCUUCAUGAAAAAAGAGAGCUAAUGAAAGCUCGGAGGCGAGCUGCUUAUAGAAAGAAAAAAGAGAAGGCUACCGUCAAGCAACAAGAUGAAAAACUGUCUGCCCUUACGAUAUCAGAUAUGCAAAAUGUUCCCAUGUUACCUCUCGGUGAUAUCACUAAGGUGUGUCAACCAACCUCGGUGGACCUUGACGAGAAAAAAGAGCUAACAAAUGCUCGAAGGCGAGCGGGUUAUCGAAAGAAAAAAGAGGAGGCAGCCAGCAAGCAACAAGAUGAAAAUCUGCCUGCGAUUACGAAAUCAGUUAUGCUAAAUGUUCCCCAAUUACCUCUCGGUGAUAUCACUAAUGUGUGCCAACCAUCCUCGAUGGACCUUGACGAGAAAAAGGAGCAAAUAAAGGCUCGGAGGAGAGCUGCUUAUCGAAAGAAAAAAGAGGAGGCAGCCAGCAAGCAACUAGAUGAAAAUCAGCCUGCCCUUACGAUAUUGGGUUUGGCGCAAGGAAACGACUGUUAUUAGUUGCGAGGUCCAACGGCGGUGAUCGGAUUCGGAUGACUUGAGCAAAGC